CGACAGGCGGAAGUGGCGGUGUUUCCCGGAGCGCGGGGAGUUGAGGGCGCUCUUUGGUUUGUAACGGGAGCUUCUUUCGGCACCAAACAUGCCAGAUCUGGCGGCCGCAAGCCCGGGCCCGCCUGCGCCGCAGGAGAAGAAGCCGCUCCGGCCUUGCUGCGCCUGCCCCGAGACCAAGAAGGCGCGCGACGCAUGCAUCAUUGAGAAAGGAGAAGAACACUGUGGACACCUGAUUGAGGCCCACAAGGAGUGCAUGAGAGCCCUGGGAUUUAAGAUUUGAAAUGGCGAGCAGUUGGGCUUGGCAAGGUAGUCUACUCUGAAUAAUUCCGGAACGGUGAAGAAUGUUAGAAAACAUUGAGAAGUCUAUAAUGUUUUGAUAAAUGGAGAAAGUAUUUAUAAUUUAUUAAAAUAUAUAUAUCGCUGGUCAAAA